AUGCCCCGUUUGGAAGAGUGGGAAAUUAAGAAGUACUGGCAGAUUUUCCAGGGCCUAAAGCCCGAAGGAAACAAGUUGACAGGCGCACAAGUGUCGCCGGUGUUGAAAAAUUCAAGGUUGCCAGAUAGCCAGCUAUCCCAGAUUUGGGACUUAUCGGACAUUGACGCUGACGGCAAAUUGGACUUCGAGGAGUUCUGUAUUACUUUGCGGUUGAUUUUCGACACCGUCAAUGGCAACAUCAGCGAGAUUCCGGCGGAAUUGCCAAGCUGGUUGGUUCCGCUGUCCAAAGCCCAUUUGAUCCUGGCCAACAAGGCAGUGGCCACAGGUUCCAACUCCAGUGGGCCGUUGGGUGACGACGACGACGACAUGCUCUCGGACGAUUUUGACUGGUACAUUUCGCCCACGGACAAGUCAACAUACGAGGCCAUUUACAACUCAAACAGCGACAGCUACGGAAGAGUGCGGUUUGAUUCGUUGGAGGGGUUGUAUCUGACACUCAAGAAGGUUCCAAGGUCGGAUAUCUCGUCUGCGUGGAACUUGGUCAACCCCAAAUCCUUCGAGACGAUCGACAAGGACCAAGUGUUGGUGUUUCUUCAUAUCUUGAAUCAGAGAGAAAAUGGCAAGAGAAUCCCACGAGGAGUACCUGCGUCGUUGAGGGCUACAUUCUCCAAAGAGGUACCCAAUUACGAUUUGAGCUCGACUUCCAAGAACAUCUCGCAGCCUUCUAGUAACGACAAAAAAGCAUUUGGCACCAACUACUUAAACAAGAUUGGUCAGGGCCACCAGCCGGAGAAAGGAACAGACUUCUCAGUUACAGAGGGCACUGACUGGGAAUUGGUAAGGUUGAGACGAGAAUUGGCCAACUUGGAGAGCUUGUUGGAUAAAGCACAAUCGGAAAGCAACCAGAAUGCCGAUGGAGAGCUGGCGGUGUUGAAGUUCGAGUUUGAGCAGUUAUUGAAAUACAAACAGGACAAGUUGAAGACCAUGCAGAGCGUGCCUAAUAGCGAUAAGGACUUGACCGAUGUGAAGAACGACGUUGAGUUGAUCUCGACCCAGGUGCAGACAUUGGAAGAGUUUCUAGUGAGCAAAGAGCAAGAGUUGGCGCAGUUGAAGGCUCAGCUUGCUUAG